AAAAAAAAAAAAAAAAAAAAAAAAAAAAAACGGUUUUGCGUUCAGACCACUUGAAAAAGGAAAGAAACAACAGUACUGCUCUCAAGUUUCAGGCGCGGGAGGUGGGUGCUUGCCACUACGCAACAAAACGAAGACGAGGAGGAAGAGUCAGGAGCCCACAGAAGCCAACACUUCUUUUUGUUUAGAGGACCCCGACACGCGGGGGUCACGGUGGGCUGAAUGGACACAUAGUGAAGACGCGGACCGACCGCAGCCUCGCAAGCUAAUUAGGAAAACCUGGUGGCACAAUUAAGCGCUUGGAGCGCACAAGAGCCUCUUUAGCUCCACGGUACCCUCGUCACCAUGAGUUGGAGUUUCCUGACGCGUCUUCUGGAUGAGAUUUCUAACCACUCCACCUUUGUGGGGAAGAUUUGGCUGACUGUGCUCAUCAUCUUCCGCAUCGUCCUGACUGCGGUUGGCGGGGAGUCCAUCUACUACGAUGAGCAGAGCAAGUUUGUCUGCAAUACGAACCAGCCUGGAUGUGAGAAUGUGUGCUAUGAUGCCUAUGCACCGCUCUCUCACGUUCGAUUCUGGAUCUUUCAGGUAAUUAUGAUCUCCACUCCAACUAUAAUGUACCUGGGAUUCGCCAUGCACAAGAUCGCCCGCAUGGACGACUCGGACUAUCGGCGGCCAGGCAAGAAAAAGAAGAUGCCCAUCAUCAGCCGUGGUGCCGUUCGGGACUAUGAGGAGGCAGAGGACAAUGGUGAAGAAGACCCCAUGGUUGCUGAGGAGAUCGAACAGGAGAAGCCAGACAAGGCAGAACCAAGUUUACAAGAGAAGAAGCAUGACGGACGGCGGCGGAUCCUGCGAGAUGGCCUGAUGAAAAUCUACAUAUUUCAGCUGCUGUGGCGCUCAGCCUUUGAAGUUGGCUUCCUUUGUGGCCAGUACAUCCUGUAUGGCUUUGAGGUUAUCCCUUGCUAUGUGUGCACUCGCUCCCCAUGCCCACACACGGUGGACUGCUUUGUGUCUCGGCCCACUGAAAAGACAAUCUUCCUGCUGAUCAUGUACGUGGUGUCUUUCCUCUGCCUGAUCCUAACGAUCUUUGAAAUCAUGCACUUGGGCAUCGGCGGUGUCCGUGACUCAUUCCGCAAACGGGUCACACUCAGAUCGGAACAGCCUUCUUCCUUGCAUGCCAUAGCUUGCGCUCCACCAGGUUAUCAUGCCGCUGUGAAAAAAGGAGUCAAAGAGGAGCUGAGGAUCUUGCCAACAGGUGACCCUGGCAUGGACAGUUUUGGCCACAAGGGCAACUCAUCCCGUGACCUGGAACGAUUGAGUAAGCACUUGAAACUAGCACAGCAGCACUUGGACCAGGCCUACCACAUGGAGGAGGGAAAGCAUUCGCGCAGCAGCAGCCCUGAGGUCCAUACUGUAGCGCAGACACCAGCUGAGCAGAACCGCUUCAAUUUUGCCCAAGAGAAGCGGGCAGAUGCCAGCCAAAAAGGAAUACAUGCCUGAACCUGCGUCCUGGCUCAGUAUUCUGUCUCGUCAUUCCUACCAGCCUUUAUCACAUCAGGUGGGGGUGCUUCUGGUAAAGCAGUUGGACCUCUCAGAGACUAUUAUUGCGUGUGUGUGCAUGGGUGCGUAAGCGUAUGUGUCAACGAAAAAGAAUGUUCACUUCAGUAUUACGGCUGUUGAAAAGAAAAGCUGAUUCACCUUUUAAGGCUGUUGCAUCAUCAAUACAUGUUCAAUCAAACUGCCCAAGGCAGGUUCAUUUCCACUCUGGCUUGCUUUCUCUAUCACUUAUUUGGUCCUUAAUUUCAUGCCCAGUUCUGCCACCUAAGGUGGCCAGAUUCUUCUUUUUUUCACUAAUGAAACAGUACUUUUUUUGGAAGGUUUGUUGAUGCUACCUUGGGUAGAUGUUUCUGCAUUGGCGCCAAGAGUUGUUAUUCCAAGACUUGUAUAUUUCCUUUAUUGGGCCAAAUGUUGACCUGGGAAAUGCUUGAAUUCUUUAUACUUAAAAACAUUCCAAAGAAUAUCCCAAAAAUACUUUCAAUACAUUUCAUUCACUCAUAAUUCCCCCCCCCCCCCCC